AAUAAAUAAAAAAGAAGAAAAGAAAUAGUAAAGGAAGAUUAAAAAAAAGAGAAAUAAAACACAAAUAAUAGCACUAGUUUCGGCCUCAAACCAGCAUUCAUUUCUGUGCUUCAACCAACAAUCUCUGACCCAUCUUCUUCCUCAUCUUUAUCGAAUUUACAGACAUGGAAGGAAUGGAAGCCAAAGCUUUGAGACCGAGUUUGAGAGGCGAGUUGACUCAGCUUGAGGAUUUUGAAGAGGUUUAUAAUAAUAAUAAUAAUAAUAAUAAUACUAAUAACAACGGUACCGGAAUUUCAUGUGAUGAUUUCUCCAUUGAUGAGCUCCUUAACCUUCAAAAUGGAGAAUUUGAAGAAGGGUCUGUUGAAGAAGAGGAAGAAGAAGAAGAAAAAGACUCUCUUUGUGUUGAUGAAGAAAGUUUAACUCUUUCCGGUGGUUCUUCCGGCGCCGGUGACUCUGAGUCUGCUCUCACCAGUGAACUCGCCGUUCCGGACGAUGAUUUAGCUGAACUUGAAUGGGUUUCUCAUUUCGUGGACGAUUCUUUCUCAGAUUUUUCUCUUUUUCACCCAAUUGAAAAACAGAGCACUGAAUUUCAUUCGGAAAAUCAGUUGGAACAACCGGAGCCAACCCGACCCGGAACUAACCCGACGUGUUUUCCUUCAGUUCCGGUGAAAACCAGGACCAAAAGAGCUCGACCCACAACUCAACCCUGGUCGAGGACUAACUCGCUGAGUCAACUCACCGAGUCAAACUCAACAACCUCAUCGUCUUCUUCUUCGUCUCCGCCGCCGUGUUCGGCCUCGUUUUCAUCGAACCCUUGUCUCAUUUUCAACAACAACGUGGUUCAGACCAUGGAGUUUUUACGAAACUUGGGCGAACCACCCAUUAAGAAACCGAAGAAGAAACCGGCGGCGGUUCAGGCCGGAACUGGUGCUGUGGUCGGACCACAGUUCCAGCGACGGUGCAGCCAUUGUCAGGUUCAGAAGACACCACAGUGGCGAACCGGUCCGCUCGGCCCGAAAACCCUUUGUAACGCUUGUGGGGUUCGGUUCAAGUCGGGUCGUCUUUUCCCCGAGUACCGACCCGCUUGUAGUCCGACUUUUUCCAGCGAGGUCCAUUCGAAUAGUCAUCGGAAAGUUUUGGAAAUGAGGAAGAAGAAGGAAGUUGUCGGAUCCGGACCCGGACCCGGACCCGGGUCAGGAUCCGGGUUGGCCCGCGUAAUUUCAAGUUUUUGAGGAAAAAAAAUAAUAUUAAGGGUAGUUUUUGAGGAAAAAAGAAUAUUAUUUUUUUUUUUAAGGGUAGUUUUGGAAUUUCAGGACUUUGAACAAUUUUUUGUAAGGCUUUGGUAAAAGUUAGCGGCAGGCAGGGACUUAGGAAGGAAGAUAAGUAGUUUUUUUUUUUUUUUUUUUUUUUUUUUCUUUUUAUAUUUUUAGUUAAUUAUAGUUUUUUUUUAUAUAUUUUUAGUUGAUCAUAGUUUUUUUAAAUAGUUUUAUUGCAACAAUAUUAAUUUUUGCAGGGAAUUUUUUUAAAAAAGGUUAUUUUUAGUUCGUUACAUAUUGGUUAAAAAUAUAUAUGUUUAUAUUAUUAAUAGUAAAA